GCCGCCAUUUUAGUUGCUGUUCCUGGCCUCGCGGCGCUGCCGCCGCUGCUGCUGCCCGAGGAGCGGAGAGCGCGGAGCCGCCGUCCCCGUCCCCGCCCGAAGCCCCCCGCUGCCGCUGGCACGAUGUCCAAACGCCAUCGCCUAGACCUGGGGGACGACUACACCUCCAGCAAGAAGCGCGCCAUGGCUGACGGGAAGGAUCGAGAUCGUGACCGAGAUCGUGAAGAUCGUUCUAAAGACCGUGAGAGGGAUCGUGACAGAGAGAGAGAUCGUGACAGAGAGAGAGACAAGGAAAAAGAUUUCCGUCCUUCAUCUAAUUCUAUGCUUCUUGUUGGUGGUGGAUUACCACCUUUAAAACCAGCAAUACUUCCACAGGGUAUUAAUCCAUUCACAAACCUACCACAUACACCUCGAUACUAUGAAAUCCUAAAGAAACGGCUUCAGCUCCCUGUCUGGGAGUAUAAGGAAAGAUUUACGGAUAUCCUGAUUAGGAACCAGUCUUUUGUGCUGGUUGGAGAGACCGGGUCUGGUAAAACAACACAGAUCCCUCAGUGGUGUGUUGACUACAUGCGAUCUUUACCUGGACCUAAGAGAGGUGUAGCUUGUACCCAGCCUAGGAGAGUAGCUGCAAUGAGUGUGGCACAACGAGUUGCUGAUGAAAUGGAUGUGAUGUUGGGCCAGGAAGUAGGUUACUCUAUUCGAUUUGAAGACUGCAGUAGCGCAAAAACAAUUCUGAAGUAUAUGACUGAUGGUAUGUUACUUCGUGAAGCUAUGAAUGACCCUUUGCUGGAGCGUUAUGGUGUUAUAAUUCUUGACGAGGCCCAUGAAAGAACAUUGGCUACUGAUAUUUUGAUGGGAGUUCUGAAAGAGGUUGUAAGGCAAAGAUCUGACUUGAAGGUUAUAGUUAUGAGUGCUACUCUAGAUGCUGGCAAGUUCCAGAUUUAUUUUGAUAAUUGUCCUCUUCUAACUAUCCCUGGUCGUACCCAUCCUGUGGAGAUUUUCUAUACUCCAGAGCCAGAGAGGGAUUACCUUGAGGCGGCCAUUCGAACAGUAAUACAGAUUCACAUGUGUGAAGAGGAGGAAGGAGAUCUUCUGCUCUUUCUUACUGGACAAGAGGAGAUUGAUGAAGCCUGUAAGAGGAUAAAGCGUGAAAUUGAUGAUUUGGGUCCUGAAGUGGGUGACAUCAAAAUCAUUCCGUUAUAUUCCACGCUUCCCCCACAGCAACAGCAGAGGAUUUUUGAACCUCCUCCUCCUAAAAAACCAAGCGGAGCAAUAGGAAGAAAGGUUGUCGUAUCCACAAAUAUUGCUGAAACAUCAUUAACAAUAGAUGGUGUUGUGUUUGUGAUUGAUCCUGGAUUUGCUAAGCAAAAGGUAUACAAUCCUCGUAUUAGAGUUGAAUCUCUAUUGGUGACAGCGAUCAGCAAAGCAUCUGCUCAGCAGAGAGCUGGCCGUGCUGGUCGUACUAGGCCAGGCAAGUGCUUCAGGCUUUAUACGGAGAAGGCGUACAAAACUGAAAUGCAGGACAACACCUACCCUGAAAUUCUAAGAUCCAACUUGGGAUCUGUGGUGUUACAGCUGAAAAAACUUGGUAUAGAUGACUUGGUGCACUUCGAUUUUAUGGACCCACCAGCUCCUGAAACUCUGAUGAGAGCCCUAGAGCUUUUGAAUUAUCUAGCUGCUUUAAAUGAUGAUGGAGACCUGACUGAAUUGGGAUCCAUGAUGGCUGAAUUUCCACUGGAUCCACAACUGGCUAAAAUGGUUAUUGCAAGUUGUGACUACAACUGUUCUAAUGAGAUCCUAUCUAUUACUGCCAUGUUGUCAGUCCCACAGUGUUUUGUUCGCCCCACGGAAGCCAAGAAAGCAGCAGAUGAAGCCAAGAUGAGGUUUGCCCACAUAGAUGGAGAUCAUUUGACCUUGCUGAAUGUCUACCAUGCUUUCAAACAAAAUCAUGAGUCGGUUCAGUGGUGUUAUGACAACUUCAUUAACUACAGAUCCCUGAUGUCUGCAGACAAUGUACGCCAACAACUGUCACGAAUCAUGGAUAGAUUUAAUUUGCCUCGUAGAAGUACAGACUUUACAAGCAGAGACUAUUAUAUCAAUAUAAGAAAGGCUUUGGUUACUGGGUAUUUUAUGCAGGUUGCGCAUUUGGAGCGAACAGGGCAUUACUUAACAGUGAAAGACAACCAAGUGGUGCAGUUACAUCCUUCCACAGUUCUUGAUCACAAACCUGAAUGGGUACUUUAUAAUGAAUUUGUCCUUACAACAAAGAACUACAUCCGCACAUGUACAGAUAUCAAGCCAGAAUGGUUGGUGAAAAUUGCCCCUCAAUAUUAUGACAUGAGCAAUUUCCCACAGUGUGAAGCAAAGAGACAGUUGGACCGCAUCAUUGCCAAACUUCAGUCCAAGGAAUACUCACAGUACUGAAUUUAUGCUUUGAACUGAAGUUAUUCAGAGGACAACUUUAAAAGAUGACUGAACUCAGAGUUCAAGUUGUGCUCUUCACUUUGGUUCAGUAAUGGCCUUUAUUUGAAAGCUUUUAAAUAUUUUUCUUUACAGUAAAUAUUCCAUUCUGAUUUCAUAAAUUAAACAUUUAUGCCUCCCUUUUGUGUUGACACUGUAGCCCAUACUGGAAAAGCUGAUCAAUGUUUUGCAGUUUAUUGAAAGUAGUUCUAUAUAUAACAAUGUUAUAAGCAUUUCUUUAGAAAUGGUUGAAAAUGCUUCUAAAAUGUGAUUAUCGACCAUGGUAUGCAUGAUCGUUGUAAUUGUUGACAUUCCUUUUAGAAGUUGUGAAAUGUUACAACUUGUGCUUAUGUAGACACAAUCUUCAGCUUCAGUACAGAGGUACUGACUUCAAUAAAGUCUAUUUAUACUAAUUUUGUGCCACAGUACUUCAGUAUUUUUAUUGGUUUUGAUAAAAAAAAUUUGAAGAAUCAUUGUCUCCAAUCUUCAGUUAAACUGCUUAUUUUGUUGACAUCACUUUAGUCUACGAUUUUCAAUGUGUUACAAUUAUCUGUGUAUCACACUUAGUACGGAUAGUGAUAAGUGAGAUAUUACUAUAUAGUGUCUAACAUGAAUUCCCAUGCCUAAUUCUUUAAAUGGUUUAGUGAUUUGUUUUAAAUGGAAAUUUCAUGUAACCUGUUGCAGUUUUGACAGAGCUCUUCCUCUGAACACAUUUUUACAGACUUUCUUGGUCAGAAUUGUAAUAAUGAGAAUGCGUCUUGUUAGUCUUUAUGGACAGCUAAAAGUUACCCUGUUAGGUGGUGGUCAGAUAAGGAUGAUACUACAUUGUUAAAAUGCAAUAAUUCUUAUGAGGUUGGAUUCAGUAGCAUGAGUGAGCUAUAUGACUGACAGACACUCCAGACAUAGUAGUCUUAUAGUGAUAUUAGUGAAAUAAGACUUGACAGCUUUUUCAUAAGAGGAAAGUUGGAACUUGUUGAUCCCAAGUGUAAUUGAAGUGUUCAGUUUGAUUGAAGAUUUUCCCUACUCUGAAACACACAUUAGAUUAACAGUCCUUCCGGCAAAGGAAGGUAGGAGCAACUCUUCCCAGUCUCAGUGCUGUAGCUGAAUUGCUUAUAAUAGUCACUAAUAUUAGGCUAGAUGCUUUUCAUUUUUUCUGCACCCUAGGGCAAAGUUUUAAGUCCUUCUGGCCCUGAGAGUGGAGAACUGAGUUAGUGUCCCUUGCUGGAGAUACUGCUCAGACUGCCUGACCCAAGGACAGUGGAGCUUGAGUACUAACAUUUAGGAUGCUUUAAGUUUUAUAGCAUGUGGCUAAAAAAUAUAUGGAAUAAAGUUUAUUAGGUUUCCCUCCCUCUUUCCAAUUACAAACCUUGAGUCCUUUUUUCUAAAAUGUUAUGGAGGGAGAUUGUGAGAUGACGGGAUACUAUCCCUUAACUGUUGCUUAAUGAAAACUCUUAGCACUGUGAUGGAUAAUGAUGCUAUAUAACAUUGUCUAAAAGUUAAAUAAUUCUUGUGUGUGGAUUCAGCACAAGUAGCAUGAUAAAGUACCAGGUAUUCUGUGAAAUCUUCCCAUCUGAAGAAGUGGGUUGUAGCCCACGAAAGCUUAUGCUCAAAUAAAUGUUAGUCUGUAAGGUGCCACAAGUACUCCUGUUCCAUUCCCUGUAGUGGACUUUACUGCCCCCAUCAGGAUUUCUGGUAAGAGCAUAGAAAAUUCAGGUUGUAUGGGGGGCAGAGGCAGACUGUUUAAAAAGUAAAUGUAAGAUAAAUUGAAAUGCUUUAGAACAAAAUUAAGAUUAAAUAUGUACUUAAAAUGUAGGCAUUAUAAAACAAAAAGCUUAAUUUAUUUUCUCCACUUAUUCACUAACUGGAGUUCUGUCCUCCACGAAACAAAUUCUGCUCUAAAAUAACUUAAAAUGGAAUCCCAUGGUAGAUUUUUAGUCUUGUUAAUUUCCAUAUCACACUUGCUCAGUGCUCAGUUUGCAAGGAAAAUGAUACCGGGGUCACAUUCUCUGCUACUGUUCCAACUACCAUGUACAAUUCAGUGUACAGUGACUGGAGUCUGGCUCUAACUGGCCAGCUGAGAAUUCCCCUAGCAUGGGGAAGCACUCAGCUAGCUACUAUAUAAAGGCAAUUCCUAUGCCAGCGAGCUCUCCCUUGAUGUGGCAGUGUCUCAGUAUUCUGCCAAUUCUCAGUUAGCAUAUGGUCCCAUAGUCAGCUGACACAAGCUAUGGAAGCUUAAGUGCUGCUCUAACUUUAGGGCUGGGACAGCUUGAGAAUUGAGAGAGCAGCUGGUUAUGGAUUCAAGUUGUUGAUAUGAGAGAAGAUGGCUUGUUUUUUUUCUAACUGCCAGACCCACAAACUCAGCUUGGGCCAUGACAGUCAAGCUGGAAUCUUUCAGUCACAUGCAUCAUGACUACUGGGGAUGAAAAUACAGGCCAAAUUAUGUAGUCAGUGACAGCUGUGCAGCUCUGUAGUUUUCCAGUUAAAUUAGUGACACCUGUGAAAAUCACCUCAAGAAAAUAGUGACAUCUGUGCAACGCUGUCUUCUUGAGGUGUCACUGACUUACCUGGAAGACUGCAGGGUUGUACAGCUGUGAGCGAGUACAUAAUUUGGUCUGUAGUAUCUCCACUGCUAGUAGUAGUGAUGUACAAGAUGAAAAGACGGUCCGGGGCUAGCAGUUGGUUUAAAAAAAAAAAAUGCGUUUUCUAACUUGGAAGUAUAACAGUCUUGUUAUGUAAAUCAGUGCCACACCUGAUGCAUAAUGCCACGUAUGCACUUUUUUAGGUUAGAACUGAACUUGAGAACAUUUUUAAAAACUCAAAUGGAAUUUUUCAAUUCCAAGCCAACUUUUUAUCAAAGGUUUUACAGUUGUGUACAUUGUCAACAGAAACAUUCAAUAAUGCUGAAUUUUAUGUUCAGCUAAUUUACUCUCUGCAUUUAAAAAAGCUCACAUGGGUGACAGAUACCAACUAUGCUAAUAAACCAUUUUAGUACAGUUAUAGUGUACUAGGUGUUACUUCUACAAUUGCACAAUAUUUUUCUUCGGUAUAAAUAAGAGUAGCACUGAGGCUACCUUUUUCACCUAAACUCCUUAUUUCAACAUUCUGACAUGAAACAGUUGAAACCACUAUGCACAAUUCUUAAAUUAUUGCAUAAUUCAUACAUAUUUAAAAUACAGAAGUAUAUUUGUUGUGUAAGAACCAUACAAUAAAAGGGAGAGCAAGUUAACAAACACAUGCUAGGGAGGUUGUGGAAUCUCCAUCUCUGGAGAUAUUUAAGAGUAGGUUAGAUAAAUGUCUAUCAGGGAUGGUCCAGACAGUAUUUGGUCCUGCCAUGAGGGCAGGGGACUGGACUCGACCUCUCGAGGUCCCUUCCAGUCCUAGAGUCUAUGAAUCUAUGCUAUUAGCACUCAUCCUAAUACAGGAAGUAAACUAGUCGUUGGCUCCAUAAGAGAGAAUUGGAAAGGAGUGAAAGAGACAUAUUUACUGGAUGUAAUGGUUAGGGAAAGAGAAUUUUCAAUUUCUGACAGGCCACUGCAACAGCAAUAAUGAACCAAUCUUUUUUUGAAUGAAAUACUUUAAGAACACAACUAAGAUAAAUGCGUAAUUAUGCUUAGUGCUUUUUGUAUAUAUAUUUCAAAAUCUUCACCGUUCCCAUUUUGCUAGUAGAAAAACUGAGGGGUAAUAAGGAAAAGAGACUUCCUUGGGUCACACAGCAGGUCAGUGACAGUACUAGGGAAUCAUGUUUGUUUGGUAGUACACCUCUACCCCGAUAUAAUGCAACCCGAUAUAACAUGAAUUUGGAUAUAACGCGGUAAAGCAGCGCUCCGGGGUGGGGUGGGGCUGCGCACUCCAGCAGAUCAAAGCAAGUUCGAUAUAACACAGUUUCACCUAUAAUACAGUAGGAUUUUUUUGGCUCCCGAAGACGGUGUUAUAUCGGGGUAGAGGUGUACUUAUAUUUUAACUAUGAGCAUACAAGGCUCAUUGUCUGCCACUCAGGGAAUGUUAUUAAAAUAGCAUUACCCUAUUGUUCACUAUAACUUUGCUUUUAGUUAUUUCUAACAGAGAAGGCAGCAAACUGAAAGAAAAUAUUAAAUCAGGUAUUAAUAUAUGGCCAAACAGUGGAAAAUGAGUAACUUCUUAAAAUUAAGAAGGCCAGAGGCCAUAACUGACUAAAAUAAUUCAGAGGUUUUUAUGCCAUGUAACAUUGUAUUCAUAUUAAAUAACACCACUAUUCUUCUUAGGAGGCUAGACAGAUCUCUUUUUUCAGUCAGUCGGUUCUGCUGCUUGAUGAGCUGAAAAUAUCACUUCUGAGGAAAUGAAAUGCUCUGCAGAUUUCUGUUGGUGCAUGGAACAAGAGUUUCUGAAUAACGUAAUGCUACUGAGCACUAGUUUGCACCUGGCCAGACUCAGCUGCUUGUUGUCGGGUUGUUUUCCUUCUGCUGUGUUCUCAGCCUGCCAUCAUUUCUUGUAAAUUGGUGGAUAUGUUCUAAACUGCAGCUAGUGUGUUUUUAGAAUACUCAGAAUACAGAAGAGUUGUAUCGCUUAGGAUUAGUUGGUUUAGCUUUUGAAAAAUUACAGCAGCUGAGUUCUUAAUAUGAGAUUUAACCAGUUCCCUUGGAACAAUCGAAGGGAAAGAAGUGCUCUGUUGACUUGUAGAGUGGUUGGUUGAGGAAGGGGAGUUGAGUUGCUUUGUCUGCUUUGGAUUGUAAGUUUUUUGUUUUAUAAUAUGGAUUAGAUAAGGAAAUAGUAAUAGUAGAGAGUAAAUCAAAGGAAUACAUUUUUUGGAUGAGAAGGCGAGCCCCUCACUUUAUAAUAGUGCUUCUGCUUAAUUCCUCAAAGCAGCUAGGGCUAAUGUGGAUCUGUAAUAAGUGUGUUUAACUUUGUGUGGAUGACAAAACUAACUUGUGAUUGGAUGCAUAAAACUACAUUUAGAGAGACACCUGCUAAUGUUAGUGCUUCAUCAUACAGAAGUGACUAGUCGUACUUGCUUUUCCGAUUUCUCUGUACCUUUAUAGCAUUUGUUAAUUUUUCAGUGUAAUAGAAUAAAUUAAAACAGUUCGCACUUGUGAACCUGAAUGUAAAAGUCUGAGUUUUUACUUAUUAAAUUUGUCUGCACAUCUAAAGAACAAUGAUCUGCAGAAAUUUUGCACCUGAAUGUGUUUUUGGUAGCGUGAUGGUGAAUAAUUUUCUUUACGUUCAAAUUGUUUUGGCAUGGGGCAGUUGUUUGCUGUAGAUAUGAAGAUGUGAAAAUGAUCAAUAAUAAACACCACAUCUAAUUAGUAUAGGAUCAACUUCUGUGUGCUUUUCCGCACUUUUUGGAUCAAGUCUAAUUUGAAACUAACACAGCAUAAGUUUGAAACUUGUACUUAAUGUUGUAUAUGCACUGAAGAAAAUUAUUCAGAAGUACUGUAUAACUGAAUAGUGUAAACGGAAUUUGUCUUCUAUUGGAGUGUAAGAUUUUGAAAAGGGAUUUUUUAAAAGUCAUAGAAAAAACUUAGGUGGCAGUCACUACUAAAGGUAAUGUUUAUCUUCUAUUAGAUACAAAUUCAUGACUAAUUUACAGUCACAGAUUGCUACGAUUUCUUUCUUUUUUCAGUUAUUAAAAUAGAAAACCAGUCGUGUGUCAUGACAUCAUAGAAUUACCAGAUAGUGAGAACCCACAUAAAUGGAGUUGGCAAUUUAAAAAUCUUGUUUGUGUGAUGAGUAAAUACUUCAAUUUUCUAUCCUACUGUUUGAGCAGUGAAAGACAAUGCUUUUAAACCUUUUUUAGUCUUAAUCUUAUACCACAGCUUUUAAGGCUUUUGUAGCCUUUUCAAUUUACUUUACAAGGAGUACAGUAUAUCAUAAGAGUAUAGAAAUUACAGAUGGAAAAGAUUUAUGUAGUUAUCUAUAGUUGUCUCCAGUACUACUAGUUCAUUUCAGUAUUCUUUCUUGCAGUUGUCCAAUCAAAUUUUAAAAUGUCUCAAGCGAUACAAAAUGUAAGUACUUUUGAGGUUGAAAUUGGUAGCUUUAAAGCAGUACAAAAGUUUUUUCUUCCUUAUCCCUCUUCCAUGUAAAAUACUUGCAAAAGACAAAGUGUUGUGAUUAUGCAAUACUGCAUUUGAGAUAAGUGGUUAUCAUUGAGGACAUCCUGACUUCCACUAUCAAGAGGUUAAAAGAAAAAUGCUGACAGCUAGUGAAUAACGUUUUCACAACUGCAGUGGUCUGUAAAUAGUUUUGUUCUGACAAUUCUGAGGAGGUUUAAUUUUGUAGUCUCAAUUAAGAUACUAUAGAGCUUCUUAGGUACACUAAAUGUUGGAGGGGCACUGCAAAUUUCACAUGUAUACAUAUGGUUUUAAGUGAUUCUGUAAACAUAUCCCACUUUGCAAAUGGCAGCUAUUCAGUAACUACCAUUGUAUAGAAAAAAAAAUCCUCACAAAUGAAUGCUGAUAAUAAAUAUUUCUUGUGGCCGCAACGGUUUCUUA